AAUGAUACGAUGGACGUGGCUCUUUUUGGAGCGCGGGAGAGAGCUGCUCCGUUUGUUGUUUGUCCAGCCUUUGAGCGGCGCUUGGGGCAGACUCUCUAACGCAAUGGCGAGGGGCUGAGAGUGCGGUUGCUUAGGUUAACGGGAGCUUUGAAAGAGCCGUUUAAAUAGGGGGCUGAUCAUUUUGAAGAAAAGGAACGAUAGUCAAAUGGAGCAAAAAACAAACACAAGAGGCGCUCUUAUUAAGUGAAGUGUUUAUGGCGUGAGCUUGCUCACAUUAGGAUUGAUUUUCCCCCUUAAUGCUCCAAACGGUUCUUGUAAAAAAGGAAGAUCUUUUAUUGAUUGAACUACUAUUCCAUCCCCACGUUAUAUUUUUCUGAGGGUUAAUAAUAGAUGAGAACAGAUUUCUAUAUCUUUUAAAAGAUUUUAUUUUUUAAACAAGACAGCUAGCAGUUAUUACAAAGCAAGAAUUUGUUGAAAAGGGUGCAGAAAUGUCUCUCAAAGUCACCUUGUAUGAACUGGCAGACCUCUCCAUAGGGACUCCUGAGAUUGGCAUUGUCAAUUUCAAUGCCCUCCACACCCUCCUCCAUGCCAUCCUCGGACACCUCAACCUUCAGGAUAUAGAAACUGAACUCAAGAUGGACAGGGGUCCACCAUCUAAGCCACAACUCAUGGCUGCAGUAGCUGCUGCUGCUGAGAAAGGUUUGGGGGGUUUCUUAUCCCAAGAAGUAUUAUGGAAAGACAAGGAGGACAAAGGGGAAGUUUCAGGAGAAGAUGUAGAUUCUCGACUUACUGAUUUAGAAAAGAAAUUGUAUCUGAUGCAGGCUAAUCUCCAAGGCGUGGCUGAUCAGGUCCAGGGGAUGGAAGAUCAGGUUCAGGGAGUGCAAGAUCAGGUUCAGGGAGUGCAAGGUAAAGUGCAAGGGAUAGGGAAGAAGCUUAAAGGGUUUGAACAACAGAUCGCUGGCCUGGAGAAAUUGCCUUCUGGAACCGACUUGAUGGAAAAAUCCAAGAGCGGCUCUGCCACUGCUGUGGCUGAUAUGUGGCAAAUGAUGCAGAUGCAGAAGAAAGUUGAAGCCAACGAAGUCGGUGUCAACCAGGCCAUGUCUCUGUUACAGGAUGUAUUGGAUGAGACUGGCAAAAUGAAAUCAGCCACAACCAACUUGGAGGACGAAGUACAAAAAAUCAAGGAACACUUAGCCUUGAUAGACCCCCAUGCAUUUGACGAUCGGCUAAGGACUUGCUUAAGUGAUCAGAUGAGUUUGGAUAAUGAAGUGAGAGACUUGGAGAAGAGGAUAAGCCAAUUUCCUUCCCCAGAGGAAAUGAACAAUAUGGUGCGGUGGGAAGUUCUAGAGGAUGUUCUUGUGAAAGGGAAGAGGAGCCCAUCUCCUGAGACAAGUCCAGUCCAGCACUCUCCAACUGGUUCUACCUCCUCUCCAGAAAGCAGAACAACCCCUGGGUCUCCAGGAACCCAGCCUGGCUCUCAGAGAAGAGCUGGAACACCAGGCACACAGGCUGGUGCACCAGGGUCUCCAAGAGGUGCCCCAGCAGGUGUUCCUGGAGCUCAGCCAGGAGGUCCUGGGGGCCAAAUGUACCCAGGAGGCCAGCCUGGUGUUGCUGGAGCUGAUGGAUCCCAGCCAGGAGGUCCUGGGACCCAGAUGUAUCCAGGCAGCCAACCUGGAGCCCAAGCACCUUAUCCUGGAGCACCUGGAGCCUAUCCAGAGGCUCCUGGAGCCCAAGCACCCUAUCCUGGAGCACCUGGAGCUUAUCCUGGGGCUCCUGGAGCCCAAGCACCCUAUCCUGGAGCACCCGGAGCUUAUCCUGGGGCUCCUGGAGCCCAAGCACCCUAUCCUGGAGCACCUGGAGCUUAUCCUGGGGCUCCUGGAGCCCAAGCACCCUAUCCUGGAGCACCCGGAGCUUAUCCUGGGGCUCCUGGAGCCCAAGCACCUUAUCCUGGAGCACCCGGAGCUUAUCCUGGAGCUCAAGCACCCUAUCCCGGAGCACCCAGGGCCUAUCCUGGGGCUCAACCUGGGGCUCCUGGAGCCCAAGCUCCCUAUCCCGGAGCACCUGGGGCUCCUGGAGCUCAAGCACCCUAUCCUGGGGCUCCUGGAACCCAAGCACCUUAUCCUGGAGCACCCGGAACUUAUCCAGGGGCUCCUGGAGCUCAAGCACCCUAUCCCGGAGCACCCGGAGCUUAUCCAGGGGCUCCUGGAGCUAAAGCACCCUAUCCCAGAGCACCCGUGGCCUAUCCUGGAGCACCUGGGGCUCAACCUGGGGCUCCUGGAGCCCAAGCUCCCUAUCCUGGAGCUCAGCCUGGGGCUCCUGGAGCUCAAACACCCUAUCCUGGAGCACCUGGGGCUCAAGCACCCUAUUCCGGAGCACCUGGGGCUCAAGCACCCUAUUCCGGAGCACCUGGGGCUCAACCUGGGGCUCAACCUGGGGCUCCUGGAGCCCAGGCUCCCUAUCCUGGAGCUCAUGGGGCCUAUCCUGGAGCACCUGGAGCCCAAGCACCCUAUCCUGGAGCCCCUGGGGCUCAACCUGGGGCUCCUGGAGCACUUGGGGCACAAGCAGUACAGCCUGGGGUUCCUGGGGCCCAGCCCGGGGUUCCUGGGGCCGAAGCAGCCCAGCCUGGAGCACCCGGAGCCCAGGCAACCUAUCCAGGAGCCCAGCCUGGCGUUCCUGGGUCUGAAGCAGCUUAUCCUGGAGCUCCUGGGGUUCAGCCAGCAUAUGGUGGAUCUGGGGCUAUCCUUCCAUGGAUACAGGCUGGAUAUCCCGGGCCCCCUGCAUUCUAUCCUGGUGCUCCUGAUGCCCAAAGUAUGUACAUUGGCCAGCCUGGGAUUCCAUGGCCUAGCCCUCCUGGAUAUCAGCCUGGAGAACCUGGAACACAGCUUGUGCUGCCUGGGGCAGGCCAACUUUCCGUUCCUCUUGGACCUGUAGUUGGUGCUACACCUCCAGCAUCUCCAUUAUUCCCUUCCACAACCCCUCUACAGUUUUCCGAGUCUCCCUCUGGAUCCACUUUGGCCCCAGCCCGCUAUGCUGAGACUGUGGAUGCCCUGCGCUCACUCGCACAGCUGACUGACUUGUACUAUGCUUUGAGAGACCAGAUCAAUCUGCUGGAUCAGUACAAGUGUAACCACUCUGAUCUCCGUAGGCUGCAAGACUUCCUCACCGAUGCAGUUUAUAGGAACAUUGCCAUCAUCCCACCUGAUCUUCCAGAAAAGCUUGCUGCAAUCAAGGCCAUGGAGGAAGACCUGAAAACUGAGAAAGAGAAGUUAAACAAGAUUCAGAGUGUACUUGAAGGAGAGCUGGCGGUAACAGACUCGGAAGAAAAACUGGAGGGAGCUGGUCAGAUCAACAUGCAGAUAGGUUAUCUGAGAGCAACAGUGCAGGAUAUAGAGAAAGAGCUAAAGGAGCUCAGGAACAAGCAGGAUGCAGGGAAAGCCACGCUGGAGCAGUCAGUGACCGACACUGCCGUCUACCUGCAAGAACAGUUAGACAGGCUUAGAUCUGUCAUAGAGAACAUGAUGGCCUCCUCAUCCACCUUGCUGUCCAUGAGUAUGCCACCUACCCCGGAGCCUGGGCUGGCUCAAGUCCAGGGCACAUGCACAGCUUGCAGCUUAGAUGUCAGUGAGAAGGUUAGCCAGCUGUUCAGGCGCUAUGAGCAGCUGCAGGACUCGAUUAACAACUUCAUGUUAAGACAUGCAGAAGGCAGAAUAGCCAAGAAACCCAAGCACCGCCAGGAUGAAGAGAUGCUCAACCAGAUCCAAACUACCAUCCUGCAAGUUCAGGAUGACUGUGAGAAGCUGAACAACACCACGGGCAAUCUCAUAGAAGAUCAUCGCCAGAAGCAGAAGGAGAUCAGUAUGUUGUUCAAGUCCCUGGAGAAACUAGAAAAUGAAAAAGCGGACAAAGACCGCCUAGUGAUGGAAGUUGAUGUGAAAGCAGAUAAGGCUGCUCUUGCUGGGAAGGUCAGCCGUACACAGUUUGAUGCCACUACAGAGCAGUUGCAUAAGAUGAUGCAGGAGCUCUUAAAUAAGAUGGCUGGGCAAGAGCAAGAUUGGCAGAAAAUGCUUGACAAACUCUUGAUUGAAAUGGACUCCAAGCUAGACCGCUUGGAACUGGAUCCUUUCAGACAGCAGCUGGAGGAGCGCUGGAAGGAUAUUCGGAAACAGCUGAAGGACAGAGUUCCAUGUGGUGAAGGAGAUGAUGCUGCUGGGAUUAGGAGGAGACUACUGGCUCAUUUCCACUGCAUUUCUUGUGACCGACCUUUGGAAAUGGUGGUGCCUGGCCCGCACAUCACAACACUCCCUGCUGUGCCAGGUUUACCUGCUCACCAGUCCCUCCGGCCAUACUUGGUUUAUGAAAUGGAACAAAUCAGGCAGCUGAACCGCAAUCUGAAGUUAGGACCUGGUGCUCGUUUUGAUGCACUGGAGAAGAGUGCGAGUCUUAAUAAGCUGCGUCGCAUCCAUUCCAAGAUGCUCAUGGAUAUACAGAAGGUGCAGAGCCAUUAUGGUGGAGCAGCGAAGGUCAACGCUCAGAUGAUCAGAGAGCUCCUGCAGGCUCAGUUUCUCGGCUCAAGCCCAUUUGGCAAACGUGACAGACUUCCUGAGAUGGCAGACUACAGCUAUGUAAGUGUACCUCGUCACUGCGGAGGCAGCCACACCCUCACUUACCCGUACAGGCGCUAUGGAAGAUUGCAGCAGUUUGCCCAGUCUAUGGCACCGGUCCACACAGAUGAAAAUGGCAUGUUGGCCAUGAUGAAGCAUGAAGAGGUAGAUAUACUGGGCCUUGACGGUCAUAUCUACAAAGGAAGAAUGGACACGCAGCUCCCUUCAAUUACUGGAAAGGACAGUAACUUAAGACAGAGAAACAAGCUGAUUCGAUCCUCCUCCCAAAGGAAUCAGCCUACACUCAGUGACAUUGCCAAUCUACCGGCUCGUCCCCACACUGCCAAAGUGUCUUUGCGCAGCCUGUCAGCUAAGUCCAUAGGGGACAAGUCCCUGAGCCAUGUGAGGAUCACUGAAGAGCCUGGAAUGCAGGACAGAGAAACUCUUGAGCUGCGAAUGGAGAUUCCCUCGAGACAACAAUCUGAUGAGCAGUCAGCAUAAGCAGAGACAUACCAGCCUUGUGCCUCAGUGAGAACAUGGUUCUCCCAGAUGAACGCCAGACAAUAAAGAGUGAACGAAACAGGAAGAAAACUAUGCAGACAUACUGCUGCCACGGGAACACAGCCAUCUUCUUGCGCUUUGCCUACAGGUGCAGUCUCUGGCUCCUCCAUAUAGUGAUGUUCCCAAGGGAGGGAGGGUUGGGAAAAGGGGGGGGGGCAACACUUCCACAGAAACCACUGUUUCAUGGGGUCUGUGUUCAUUCAUUUGAUUUGUUCAAGAAAAUGUAUUCUUUAAUACAAAAUCCUCUGUUUAAACUGGUAAGAGAACACCCUCAACUUCCCCUUAUUUUCUUCUUCUUGUGUCAUAUCCCACAGCCAGACAUACAAUGGCCACGUAAAAGAGGUUGCUGUUACAUCAAGGAGCAAUCCAUUUUGUGGUCCAGCAAAUUGCUGCCCCUGUUGUGAUUGGGGAAGUUGGAGGGGAGAACACAGGGCUGUUUGAGACAUCUCCCUGCAGUGGCUGAGUGGAACACUGCACAUGGGAUAUGUAUUCUUUUGCUAUUUCAACUUUUAUAUUAGUACAGUUGCUUUUGGGUUCAGCACAUACAACUCAUGGCAAAAUAUCUCAUCCCUAGAUUCAUAAUAAAUAUGGAAUUCAUAACUUUCACCAGAUUCAGUAGUUCAGAUCUGUUGCCAAACUUGAACUAUUUAUUAUUCAAAAUUUGGAUAGUGAUUUGUUUUGAUACAUUGUGCAUCAGUUACGAUACCUGUAAGCAAAAACUUGUUCCUGUUAGAUACUGAAAAUGCUCAGCAGAUUGAUGCUUAAAAUGUCUGCCCCUUAAACUGAUCAAACCAAGUUUGCAGCAAUGUAUGUAGUUUGAAGGGAUAAUCUGUACUUAGCUAUUCGGUAACCAACAUGACAUUUAAGUGGAUUUAUGUUGUUGGUUGGCAAGCCCAGGUCAUCUUCGUUGCAUGAUAUGAAUGUGUAAGUGAAUUAGAAAGUUCAUAAAACCCCAAAUAGCAGAGGAAUAUUUAUUCCCUUCAUCUCACAUAUGCAUUUGAGCUGAUCAGUAAGCUGGGCAAACAACUGAAUUCCAAUUGCGUGGCCAAAAUUUUCACUCCCUUGUAAAUCUUAAAUCAUCACUUGAGAAUUCCAAAAGCUUUCUAAACCAAAUAAACUUUGGGUGGAAAACAUAACAUUUGGUUCCCCAGUAUGGCUGUGGAUCUUUUAGUGCCUAGUUACAUCAUGCAGAAUGUAAGCAGACUAGAAAAAUAUCACAGGCUGUCUCAUAAUGCAACAGAAGGGUUUUACUGAACUAUUCAUAGGGAGGUGCUAUCA